AUGGAUGUAGCGACAGUGCGACAGCACCGUGCCCCGAGUUUCCGUUGUGAAUCGAAAAGAGCCUGGCCAAGGCGCCAAUGCCGCACCAGGAUGUGUCCCAAAUCGCUGCCCGAAGGUCCAGCCGCGCGCGCCUUGAGUCGCGGCCUGCACGCCCUGGCUGCAGGAAGGAACUGUUACUAUGAGGUGAAUCCCAUGAAGUUUAGGACAGGAUCUCCACCACCGUGGGCUCCCGUGGCCUCCCUUGGGCUCCAAGAGUCUGGUUCAACUCGUCGGCGCUAUGGUGAGUUUAGGACGCACGAGCAGCGCGUCCCGCACGAGCAGCGCGAGCCGCGAACGUCGUGCCUCCGAAGCGAGGCCCGAGUCGUUUCGUGGCAAAGGCUGUCGGGGGAAGUUCUGCAGGUGUCUUUGGCACUUUCUGCAGCAGCCACCAAGUAG